AAUCUUAUACAGGGUGUCCGCGGGAUCUUAAAAAGUAUUAAAAGUUGAUGAAUCCAUUUUGGGAAAAUUAAGGCCCUUAAAAGGUAUUAAAAAGUCUUAAUCACGAUUUUAUGAGGUAUUAAAUUUUGUUCAAGCUUUGUCAAAAGAGUUUGACUCCAAAAAGUAUUCAUGAAUAUAUUUAUUUUCAUCCCCAUAAUAACUAUUAAAAAACAACGGCAUGCUCGGUCAGAGAUUGGCUCAGGGUGCGCGCGCCGUCUACGGGUGACGUCACGUAUUUUGCGAAAUGCGCGGUUAGGUGAUGUCUGAUGUGUCGCCCUCCACACGUCGUGAAACAGACUCCGAAAUGGGGAAAUGUAAAUUUGCGGACUCCUGGUUGGAGAAGGAUGAAUUUAAACAAUGGCUGAAGCCUGUAGCUGAAAACAACCGUGAGGCUUACUGUACAUAUUGUAAAAAGAAGAUCAACGCUGUCAAGUCCCACAUGUACGGUGCUAGCCACAAGGCCGCCGUUGGCCGCAGAUAGCAGUCGCAGCUGUCCAUCGCCAGUUUCUGUGCUCCAACAGCGACACCAAUACCUAACACGACAGCUGAACUUGUCAAAACAGCUACGACAGCGACCUCUGCCCCAUCAUCGGCCGACAUCAGGGUGGCUAUGGGCGGCACAUCGACAAUGCACACGGAGGUUAUCUGGUGUCUCAAUACUGCAGUGAAAAAUACUGUCUGGAACACUGAAGAUGGAAUCUGAAAUGGUAUGUUGAUGACUUCUUUGUUUCUUUAUGUGAGUGAAGUUAUUAGCCAUGUCUGCAAAGCAGAAAUACAACACACUCUGGAAAAGAGUGAAAAGAGAUCAGGAGAAAUCUCAUGUAGAGGACAUAGAGAUACAAACGAGCUCUACUAGUCUGGAGCUCUUUAGUGAGCCCCUUCAGCAAACACAGCCCAUUGAGGGAACACAGAGUGAAUCUGAGAGUGAUGUUGAAAUGCAGGGGGCUCAUGCAAAUUAUGAUUCAAAUUCUGAUGAUGCAGACUUAGAUGACACACCAUCUUUAGGAGUUAGACUUGCACAGUGGGCCAAUGAAUUUCAGGUCAAACAUAAUGCAGUGGAUGGCCUUCUUAAAAUUCUUGGUGAACAUCACCCAGCGCUCCCAAAAACCGCAAGGACGUUGCUUGGAACAUGUGAAAAUGUGACCUUAGACACAAAAUCUGGGAUGCAGUACUACUACUUUGGAUGUAAAGAACAGCUGUGUGGGUAUUUAAAAAUUUACCCCAGCGAUGUUGUCACCCAGUUAGACUGUCUGGACAUUUCUUUGAAUAUUGAUGGUUUACCACUAUUCAAAAGUAGCAAUCAGUCACUGUGGCCAGUUUUGUGCAAAAUCAAUUUGGCUCCUUCCACUGUCUUUCCUCUUGCUCUCUGUUUUGGUGCGUCUAAGCCUACAAAUCUCGAUUUUUUUGACAGAUGUAGCGCAUGACCUCAGGGAUAUUUUGCUGGAUGGGUUAGAGACUGACAGUGGUCUUUUACGAGUUCAUCUGCGCUGUAUCAGUUGUGAUGCACCUGCAAAGGCACUUGUUAAAUGCACAAAGCAAUAUUCAGGCUAUUUUGGUUGUGAUAAGUGCACACAGAAAGGCUUCUGGGAUGGCAGGCGGGUUAUAUACCCAGAGACAACUAAUCUUACUCUGAGAACAGAUGUGUCUUUCCGCGAGCAGCUUCAGGAGGAGCACCACCGAUCAUCUGGGGUGUCUCCAUUUUGCAUGCUCCCAUUAGACAUGAUUUAGCAAUUUCCUGCAGAUUACAUGCAUCAGUGCUGUCUUGGAGUGAUGCGAAAACUGAUUGUUUUGUGGUUGCGUGGAAAUCUUAGAACCAGAUUAUCUUCUGGCCAAGUAAGGGAGAUCAGUUCCAGGCUUCUUGGUUUGAGACCAUUCAUGCCAGACCUUUUUGCAAGGAAGCCACGUGGCCUAGAAGACAUUGACCGGUGGAAAGCUACUGAACUGCGACAGUUUGCGCUUUACACAGGCAAAAUUGUGCUGAAAGGUGUUCUCUCUGAUGAACUCUAUGAACAUUUUAUGCUGUUCACUGUGGCUUUGGCCAUCCUAGUGUGCCCACAACUAGUGAAACAGUACACCUCUUUUGCAUCAGAUCUGUUGGUUCACUUUGUAGAGGAAGGCAGAAAGUUGUAUGGGGAUGAGUUCCUUGUGUACAAUGUGCACUCUAUGGUUCACCUUGCUUCUGAUGCACAUGCAUACGGUGGGCUAGAUGAGUGUAGUGCUUUUCCCUUUGAAAAUUACCUGCACCAGCUGAAGAGGCUAGUACGCUCAGGUAGAAACCCUCUGUCACAAAUUAUAAGACGUCUUGGUGAAAUUGACAAGCACAGAGAGGAACUGAAUAACAAGCCUGCAGCUGUGUUGAAAACACAAAAACCAAACAAUGUCUUUGUUCUCAGUGACUUACAGUGUUGUGAGGUCGUUUCUGUGGUAGAUGCUACAGGGAAAGUGGAUAGAAUGGUGCUUUGUCGUGUUUAUGACAACCCUGAGCCGCUAUUCAUGCAGCCUUGUGACUCCAGGUUAAUUGGUGCUUAUAAGGCCCAAGUGAGGCACACCAGAAUGAAACAAUUGUCUCAAAGGCUAUUGGUCAGAAAGGCAUUUUUAAUUGCUGACUACUUUAACGAUGUCUUUAAUACCUUUCUGGACUUUGAAUGAUGGUAAAUACAUUGCUUUCUAUGGAGGAUUAAAAAAAACUUGGAUUUCAUCAAAAAUAUUCAUUUGUGUUGUGAAGAUGAAAAAAGAACUGACAGGGUUGGAAUGACACAAGGGUGAGUAAUUACUGACAAAUUUCAUUUUUUGGUGAAUUAACCCUUUAAGCAGUGUUGUUUUGCAGUUUUCACCAUGGUCACCAUAUUAGUGCAUGAGAGAUAUUUAAGACCAAUAGCAAGGUUGGUAUGUUUAGCUAAUAAUAACCAAACAAAGAUAUGGUUUAGGUUUGUAGUGGAAAAAAACAACCUGACUCAAAGUGGAGACUGGUUGCUUUGUGUUAGGGGAUGCUAUGCCUCCAUAUUGUGUCAAAAUCACAUCUUGGUUUUGAUUGGACUAGGUUUUCUCUUACUGUUUUUGGUCUGUUGCUCAAGCAAAACUGUCAUGUGGCUUCAGAAGAUUUGGGAUAGUGUACACUUUAAUGGAGUAUUUUAUGGUAUUUUUUUUCCUCUUCUCCCCACCUUAUUUUGUGGCUGAAAGCAGUCAGGAGUAUUCUUCAAAUUAUCUAUUUAUAUAUAACAUAGAAGAAGGUCAUGAAGCAUGAGGGAUCUUAAAUGAUGAUAAUGUUUUUCAAAAAUGUUUUGAUUUUGUAAUUACUUAAUUGGUAAAUGAUGAAUUGCGGAAAUAUGGUUUGUAAACUGUCAAGGGGACAGAAUGCGAGGACUUGUCUGUAUAACAGAAUGUUAACCGAAGUUAAUGUUAAGAGUGGAACAUAGGUAGUAUGCUAUAAGGAACUAGGGCCAUUGAGCUAAAUACUUAUGUAUAUAUUUGUGUGUUUAUGUGCAGUAUCUGAGUUAUCGAGGGUUUGGAGCCAAAGGGGUUUGAAGUGCAGAAUCAGAUCACUUCAAUUGCGCUCAUGCCCCUUUUGCUCCAAACCCUCAGUAUGGUUUCUCUUUCAGAGAUAUGCAGUGAUUAAGUUCCCCCAGGACAACACAGUUGAUGUAGUGCCUUCCAACUGGCUUGAAGUAACAAAAGAGGCUAUAUAUUGCUACUGGCCAAGAAAAAACUUUACUGCCAAAGCAAAGAGAAGAGACACUCCAGAUACUACCUUCUGGUCAAAACAUGUUGCAGUGGUUAUGGUGUAUGCAGAUAGCUAUGAGGAAGCCAGACUGAAGGCCAACCAGGCCACAGUGACAUCAAACCUGGAGAGCGAUGAGGAACCUUCACGGAGACCAGUACGACCUCCAGCUAGAUAUAGGAGACAGCUGGAUAGUGGUGAUGAUGAAGACUCCCCACCACCACCAAAGACACGCAUUUUAAGCACACCUAAAUUUACCCCAAGAAAAGAAUAUUUUGGAGAAAGGUGUCAUCUAAGUGUACAAGAACCAGAAACUGCCAUGUCUGACAGGGAAACUCAACAUGAAGGUGGGAUAAAAUAUUUAAAUGAUUAUAGAAUGACUUGAAUGACUAUUGUGACUUGAAAAUACGCAUGUGCACCCCUGGAAAAAAGUUUAAGCUCAGAAAGUUUCUUCGCAUUUAGCCCUAUUAUAGGCUAUUCACAUUCUUUACUGUGGUAAAGUAGAAAAAACACCGUAGGACAGAAACCUUUUUGCUUGCACGUCAAUUUCUAUUUAACACAGUUUGUGCU